AUGAGUAUGACUGGAGAAUUAAAUUUCUUCCUCGGAUUGCAAAUCAAGCAAACUGAAGAAGGAAUCAUGAUUCAUCAACAAAAGUAUAUCAAGGAACUGAUCAAGAAAUACAAGUUAGAAACUGCCAAAACCAAUAAUACCCCUAUGGGAAUUGCCACUAGAUUGGAUGAAGAUCUAUCUGGAACUUGCAUAGAUCAAUCUAUGUAUCGAGGUAUGAUAAGCUCACUACUUUACUUAACAGCUAGAAGACCUGACAUAUCUUUUAGUGUAGAUCUGUGUGCCAGAUUCCAAGCAAAUCCAAAGGAGUCUCACUUGAUAGCAGUAAAAAGAAUCCUAAGAUACUUGAAAGGAACUGAUGAUCUGGGUGAUUUGGUUAAUAGAAAAAGCACUUCAGGCAUGGUACAGUUUUUAGGUCCUUGUUUAGUUUCUUGA